AUGUCCGGAGCCAUCUCUUCUCCUUCUACUCCCUCUCGCCAGGGCAAGCGACAUGGAAUAGCUUUCGGUCAGGUCAUCAUUGGACCUCCUGGUGCCGGCAAGAGUACUUACGCCCAUGGGAUGCAGCAGUUCCUCACUGCUCUUGGUCGACCCUGCCACGUCGUCAAUCUCGAUCCCGCUACUCCCUCCCCUUCUUACCCCUGCUCAGUCAACAUCACCGAUCUCAUCUCCCUCGAGAGUGUAAUGCGUGAAUAUGGCCUCGGACCAAAUGGUGCCAUGCUUUAUGUCGCCGAGUAUCUUGAAGCCAAUCUGGACUGGUUGGUGGAUCGACUGGAUGAGCUGUUGCUGCAAGAAGGAACUCUGGUGCCUGGUUAUGUGAUUUUCGAUACGCCUGGACAAGUUGAACUGUGGACGAAUCACGAUAGUUUCAAGAGAGUGAUUGAGCGAUUGACAAAGAUGGAUCAUAGACUCGUGGCCGUUCACCUUUCCGAUGCUCACUAUAUUACGGACGCGAGCAAGUUCAUCUCUGUGGCGUUGUUGGCGCUGCGAGCCACGUUACAGCUUGAAUUACCGCAUGUGAAUGUUUUAUCAAAGAUCGACCUGCUGUCCACCUAUGGCGAAUUGCCUUUCGACUUGAGGUACUACACUGAGUGCCGGGAUUUGGAAUACCUGCUCGACUCGCUCGACAUAGACACUCGACCCAAUCCCAAGAUGAAGGCGCUCAAUCGUGCAAUGGUGGAACUGGUCGAGCAAUACGGCGCUGUACAUUUCGAGACCUUGGCUGUGGAAGAUAAACGAAGCAUGUUGAAAUUGGUACGAAUCAUCGAUCAAGCGAUUGGUUACGUCUCUCUACCGGGCUCAGUUUCGACUUUGGGUGACACGACUCUUAAUGAGAAAGCGAGUCAUGUAGGAGGAGACUUCCUUCGAAACAUGCCGACAUUGGACGAUUUGGGCGACGUGGAUGAUGUGCAGGAGAGAUGGGGGGCCAGGAAGGCCCAACACGACGAAGAAGAGAUGGAAGCGUGGGGAAGAGAGUGGGAGAUGAGGCGUGCAGCUUCUGGAAAAGAGUAUGGGGAAGGGGAUGGAGCCGCUGCAGAGAAGGACGAAGAGGAAGAGAGUGACGCCGAUGAGCAAGUCUUUCGGGGGAUGGAGAGGGCCAUGCCCCUGUCAGGGAUGGCUGCACAGGUCGUACGACCUAGUGCGGCUCAUGACGAUUAG